AUAUACAACAUAUCUUGAUACACUCUGCCACGUUCCAUCAUCCCGACUCAAAAUAUGUCUCUUAUAGGAGAAGCACCAAAUUUUCUCCAAGUCUAUUCCGAUGGAACUGUUAAGCGUUUUGCUCCGGACAUUGCCAUAGCCUCACCGGAAUCUAACGACAACUACAAGUCCAAAGACGUAGUCAUUGAUCCAUCCAAACCAAUCACCGGUAGAAUUUUCCUUCCUAACACACCAACCAUAAAUGCAUCUACCCAUAAACUUCCUAUUUUGUUGUAUUUUCAUGGUGGUGGAUUUUGUAUUGGGUCAACAACAUGGCUUAACUACCACAUCUUCCUAGGAGACUUAGCUUCAUUAUCCCAAGCCAUCAUCCUUUCAAUUGACUAUCGCCUUGCCCCUGAGAAUCGCCUUCCAAUAGCUUAUGCUGAUGGUUGUACCUCUCUCGAGUGGCUUAUAAAGAGUGCCAAAACCGAACCAUGGCUUAAACGAGCUGAUCUUUCUCGUGUUUUCCUAUCAGGGGAUAGCGCGGGAGGGAAUAUUGCUCAUAACAUAGUCAUAAAAGCUACUAAGAGAGACGAUCAUGACAAUGAUCAUGACUUAAGUAGUGUCCAAAUCAAGGGGAUAUUAUUAAUACACCCUUAUUUUGGUAGUGAGAAGAGGACUACCCAAGAAAUGUUGAACGAAAGUAAUGUAGAGGUUCAAAUGAAUGAUAUGUUUUGGAAAUUAAGCAUACCCGAAGGAUCAAAUCGCGAUUAUUUUGGGUGUAAUUAUGAGAAGAUUAAGCUUAAUCAUGAUGAAUGGAGUUCAUUCCCUAGGGUGGUCGUUCAUGUUGCUGAAUUAGAUUUUCUUAAGGAAAGAGGAGAAAUGUAUGCUGAUUAUUUGAAGAAAAAUGGUGUGAAAAAUGUGAAAUUGAUUGAAGCUAAAAAUGAAGGUCAUAUAUAUAAUGUGUUUCAUCCCAAAUCAGAUUCAACAUCUUUGUUACAAAGGCAAAUGGCUGAGUUUAUUAAUAGUUUGUAGGGUCUAAUUAAACUAAUUAUUGCUUAAUUGCUCUAUAAUAUGGCGAAUAAUGUUAUAAUUGUGAUGAGUUCUUGAUUAAGUUGUUGGUUAAUAGAAGGUAUAUGAGCAUAAAUGAGUAAGUAGACAUGAUAUUCAUUGGAAAGUUGGAAUAAUUACUAUAAAUUCGUUUGUAAUACUUGAAUCAAGCAAUAAGAUCUUAAUGUGGUGAGAAUUGAAUAUGUUUGAGAUGGGAUAAACAUGUUGAAAUUUUAAUUUUUUAUGCAAAAUUAUCAUCUAAGGAUUAUGUAA